AUCCCCAUCUUCUUCCCCUACAAACGAACCGGCCAACUGGCCAAGCGAGCGAAAGGAGUAGCUAAACAGAGAGCCUACGACCGACGCGGCCAAACGGAGAUAAGAGCAAGAUAAUGUCGUCGACGGCGUUUAGCCACCUGUUCCCCUCCGCCGCCGUCGCCGCGGUAUCCCUCCUCCCUCGCUGCGUCUCCUUCGGCGCCAGCGGUGGAGCUGCCCCUGGAUGGAGGAGAAGAAGCCGCAGCAUGGCCGCGGCCACCGCGGAGGCGGCGGCGCCCGCCUACACCUCCGACUCCCUCGUCCUCUACUUCAAGGCGGAGGGCACCAUGGAGGAGAGGGCCAUUCCCAAGAUCACCGAGUCUCUUCAGGGUAUGGAAGGAGUCAAGGACCUAGAGGUGCUCAUUGAAGAAGGCAUCGCGAGUGUUGUGUUAACAAAGGAGACAACCGUGCAAGCUACUGGAGUAGCCUCGAACCUAGUGGAAGCUAUCCAGGGAGCUGGGUUCAAACUGCAAACACUAAGCUUGAGCUUCGACGAUUUCGACGACAUAACAGCAGGAGCAGGAGGCAAUGUCCAACCCAGCGAGUGAGCUAAUUUGUGCAGCCGUGCUUAGUGCCAAAUGCAUAUAAUUCUGUCGGGUACUUUUACAUUGUGUUUACCCCGUUGAAUUUCCCGAGCACGUCCUUGUAAUUUUUUGCAAAUGGUGAAGAAAUCAACGAUUCUUUUCUAAAAACAACUUUUGAUUAUUUGAUUCA